GGGAGAGAAGGUAGUAGGUCUGCCGGAAGGUACUUUUCCAGAGGUGAGGGCCGGAGUAACAUUGAAGGGCUACUUAUGGUCCGAAUGAACUUGGGCCAGAUGGUUAACCUCUAAAAUGGAGUAGUGGAUUGUGGGGUUGAAAGAGAAAAAUAAAUGCAAAAAUGUCUCUAUCUAGUUAGUGCUCAAUCAGCAGACACUUUAAUGAGACACUUUUAUGAAAGGAACAGGGGCUUCUUAGCUUGGAGGAGGGUAGACAGGUUGAUGUUCUGUGUGGCUAGAUAGAUCAUGUGUGUGGCAGCUACAAACAGCUGAUCAUGUAGUACAGAAGAACUUUCUAAAAGCCAGAUGUACCUAAAAAAAAAAAAUGCAGUACUUCAAAAGCCGGAAUCAAUGCAAGCGUGGUCAUGCUUCAGGAAUCUGAAGUUCAUAAUUCGAAUCACAGGCAACAAUUCUGUUAUAAAAAUGUGCUUAUCCCAAAGUGGCAUGAUGUGUGGACGCGGAUACAGAUCCGGGUAAACAGUUCCAAACUGGUACGAGUCACCCAGGUGGAGAAUGAAGAGAAACUGAAGGAGUUAGAGCAGUUUAGUAUCUGGAACUUUUUUUCCUCCUUUUUAAAAGAGAAAUUGAAUGACACCUAUGUAAACGUGGGUCUAUACAGCCCAAAAACCUGCCUCAAAGUUGAGAUUAUAGAGGAAGACACCCAGUACAAUGUCACUGUGACCCGGAGAUUUGACCCCAAACUCUUCUUCAUUUUCCUCCUUGGACUUAUGCUAUUUUUUUGUGGAGAUUUGCUGAGCAGAAGCCAGAUUUUCUACUAUUCCACUGGGAUGAGUGUGGGAAUUGCGGCCUCUCUACUUAUUGUCAUUUUCGUACUGUCCAAGUUCAUGCCCAAGAAAAGUCCCAUUUACGUCAUCCUGGUGGGAGGCUGGUCCUUUUCUCUGUACCUCAUUCAGCUAGUUUUAAAAAAUUUACAAGAGAUCUGGAGGUGUUACUGGCAGUAUCUUUUAAGCUAUGUCCUCACAGUCGGAUUCAUAAGUUUCGCAGUCUGUUACAAGUAUGGACCCUUGGAGAAUGAGCGGAGCAUCAACCUGCUGACUUGGACCUUGCAGCUGAUGGGCCUAUUUUUCAUGUAUUCCGGUAUCCAGAUACCACAUAUUGCCCUUGCCAUUAUCAUCAUUGCACUGUGUACUAAGAACCUGGAGUACCCUAUUCAGUGGCUGUUCAUCACCUACAGAAAGAUGUGUAAGGCAGCAGAAAAGACUGUCCCCCCUCGUCUCCUGACAGAAGAAGAAUAUCGGAUACAAGGAGAAGUGGAGACGCGAAAGGCUUUAGAGGAGCUUCGAGAAUAUUGUAACAGUCCUGACUGCUCUGCUUGGAAGACUGUUUCUCGAAUCCAUUCUCCAAAGAGAUUUGCUGACUUUGUGGAAGGUUCUUCUCACCUCACACCAAAUGAGGUUUCUGUCCAUGAGCAGGAAUAUGGAUUAGGGAGCAUCAUUGCUGAGGAUGAAAUCUAUGAGGAGACAUCCACUGAGGAGGAGGACUCAGAUUUUCCGUAUCCUGCUAUCACACAACAGAUCACCUCCUGACUUAGGUGGUGGUUCAUUAUUUUUAUAUGGACUGGCUUGGCACCUCAGUGGUCCAUGUUGCAUGUGUGCACCAUUGCUUCUCAACUCCUUGAAACAGGGUGAGAUAGUGCAAAACUUCUCCCACUGAAAUUAGCAGCCGAAGUAGGCUUCCCUCUGGAAAUGGUCUUGGUGGUCUCCGUGGGAUCUCUGAGGGAGAAUGGGUAAAGCAGCGAAUGCUUUCAAUGCUUCCCAUGUUUAUGUUUCAAAAACAAAAAACCAGAUGACCACAGCUAGCACGGUGUUCUAGCUCCUCUUAAAGAUUGACUCGGUGGUGGCGUUUCUGCCACCACAGCUGGCACUCAAAAGUGAGAACUUUGUUACAUGUGUGGUAACUCUUUGCGGACCCUAGGCUGCGUCUUCCAGAGAGAAAUCCACAAAUCUGAGCCUCCUUCACUUCUGCUUUUCUUUCAGUGACUUUAGAAUAAUCCUUGUUUUAGCUGUUUGAAGAGGAAUAUAGAUUUUUAUUUCUGUCUUGCUUUUGAAAUGAAUAUAUUUUUUUAAAUGUCACAAAUUCAUGUUCCAGAACCAGGGAGUACUCCAGAUCGACAAGCCCAUGGGCCCCUUCGUGUUUGUUAGUAUGGCUCAGCCAUUAAAGCCCCAGAAUUGUUGUGUUGGGGUUUGAAUUAGUUCUCACACAUAUGAUAUUCUAAGUCUUGCUUGUUUUUAGGAACAUGCCUGUGAACUCUUCUGUAGGGGAGGUCUGUCAGGCUUUUAUUAUAUUCAAGUUUUAAUUCUAUCUUAAGACAUUUGCAUUCUUUCCUUGCCACUCCUCCAGCCCCCUUUGCCCUUCCAGGAAGUGUCUAUUUCCUCAGCUGUGAAGUAUGUACAAUUUAGAGUUUGUUUCAUUUCUUACAUUCUCUUCCCCUUCAUUUGUAGCAUUAUUCCUGCAAGUUGGGAGAAGUGAUCAUUUUUGGGAGAAUUUUUUAUGCAUCCUCCAUUUUUCCUGUCAGUGGGGCACAUAUCUUUGAGUUGCUGUGGAAUCAAGAAACUCUCCUUUUCCUUUCUCUUCCUGUGUCUACCCAGUCUACCUGGUCUUUUCAGCCUCUCCUUACCACGUGUAUUCCGC